AUGGCUCAGAUCAGGCAGCAUACAGAUGAAAGAAUCAAGAGGCACAAGGCCAGGUUUUGCAUCCAAAACAGUGUGUCUAAUGUGAUUUUCAUAAGGAUCAUGGCUUGUGAGUCUCCAAAACAACCUUGGGAUAAACUCAAGGAAGAGUUUCAAGGGACUGAAAGAACAAGACAACAAAAACUCUUGAAUUUGAGAAGGGAAUUUGAAAAUUUGAAAAUGAAGGAAGAAGAAACAAUGAAGCAAUAUUCAGACAGAAUCAUGGCUAUUGUGAACAACAUCAGAUUGCUUGGGGACCAGUUUAGUGAAGCAAAAAUUGUAGAGAAGGUUAUCUCAACUUUUCCUGAGAGAUAUGAAGCCAAGAUUUCUUCUCUUGAAGACUCGAGAGAUCUGACUAGCAUCUUUUUGACUGAGUUGAUCAAUACUCUUUAUGAUCAAGAGCAAAUAAGGGCUAGCAGGCAGGAUGAGCAUCAAGAAGGCAAGAAGGCUAGGUCUGACAAGUCUAGAAGAGAUGAAGCAAGAAGAAGAAACAAAGGCAAGUUGAGACAAAACCAACCUCAACAGUCAAGAGCUGAAGCUCAAGUGGUAGAAGAAGGAAAUGGUCAGGAAGAGCAAGUCUUUGCAGUCUCUUGCUCAGCUGCCAAAAGAAAAGCCACAAAAAGAAGGCUGAUAGACAGUGGUUACACAAACCACAUGACCCCUAAUGAUGCUAUCUUCAAGAACAUUGAUAGAAGUUUCAAAACAAAGGUGAAAGUUAGAAAUGGACACUUCAUCAAAGUAGAAGGCAAGGGAGAUGUGUUGAUAGGCAUUCUUACAGGUAACAAACUUGUCACUAUUGUCUUGUUUGCGCCUGAAAUUGAUAAAAAUCUACUUAGUAUAGCUCAGUUGCUAGAAAAAGGCUAUUCAGUAGUGUUCAAAGGCAAAUAA